AUUUCAUCAUCAUCAUCAUCAUAACUGGGUUUUUUAUCCCGUGCGCUUACUAAAUGAAUCGUAGUAUUGCUUGCCGUUAUAGAAAAGAUUCAGGAAGCUUAUAACCAAGUUGAUGGAGCUCUUCCGUGACAAGACGCCGAUUCUGCGCAGUCCACCACUCAAAGUUCCUGAACAUUGAACGGGGAAAGAGACAUGGGUGCUGGUUAGAUCAGGAACACGUAAAAUGGGGGUUAUAGAUAAAACACCUGGGUAUGGUGAGGAUGGGAUGUACUUAUUUUCCUCCCGCCCUGUCACACCAAGAGACAAAGGCGGAGAUAUCGUGAUAAAGUUCCAAGCUGUGAGUCGAACGCGUCAGACUUUGUCCCACCACUACAUCGCCGUCAGCUCGAAUGAUAGAUUAUCCCAUGUCAGGCGCAGCAUUAAUGUUCAUUUCAAGGAUUACUUUGACAGAGGAUUCAUAUUCCUGUGUAAGACGAGAGAAAUCCUGAGAGCAAAUGAGAAAACCACUACCGUAUUUGAUAUUUUACCUAAAAUUCCUCAAAUGUGCUCGCUGGAUCAGGGCAGGUCCAAGUCAAAAUGGGAACUGCCGAUGAAAAAUUUCAGAUACCCAGAUGUAGAAUACAAAAGGGUUUUGCACACCUAUGAUGGUAAGCGCUACAUUGUAAUGUGCGCAUGUGUGGUUUUUCUGUAUGAACGGAGCAAGGUUAGUCACUGGCCUCCAAGUGAACUUCGCCAACAACUAUGUGAGAACCUUCUGGACGGCUUUUCCUUCAUACCUACAGAUAUCAUCUCAUGGAAACCAAAGCUGAUAGAGCUAAAAGCAACUAUCCUUCACUUGAAUGCAGCUUGUGGAAACAUAAAAGAAUUAGAAGACGCGAUUCAGAAAUUGCCAAAAACACCCAACAUCACGGAAAUUUGCGAUGAACGAAAUGCAACACCAUUGCAUUAUGCUGCUGAAAACGGAAAAUUAGAUGCCUGUGAAAUUCUCGUCAAUGGGAUUGGGAGAGAUCAGAUGUAUGCCAAAGACAUCAACGGUAGAUCUCCAUUGCACUGCGCUCUGUACAGAAGAAGGAAAGACGUUAUAGUAUACCUUCUCCAGUUGAAUGCGGAAGUACGGGACGUGGAUAACUUGGGAAACAGCUGUUUCGAUUUACUUCUUCUUCAGAGAAAUGUCGACGUAGAAUACAUUGCAUCUAAUCUGGAGACUGGUUCUCUUGACAGACAUCUGCAAUUUUAUUUGUGCUAUCUAAUGCUUUAUAUGCAAAAGGAAAAGCAUAGUCUUCGUAUUAUGCAGACACUUCCCGACUAUGACAUGUUUGAUCACAGCUUGUUUGAAUUAGGUUGUUCCUUACUACAUUUGUCGUCAAAAUUAAGUCCUCGACUAACUGAUGUUUUGUUAGUAAAACAUUUUCCAAAGAAUGAAGGUAAUCUAGAAGGUAAUCUACCUUUUCAUACAGCUUGUCAGUGGGGAAAUGUCGAACAAAUCAACUUGCUCUAUGAUGAGAAGUUUUCGGAUGCAGACUUCAAUAAAGGCAUUCAAAUAGCCUUAAGAAAUCGUCACUUUAAAGCAUGUGAAGCAUUGAAGAAACUUGGAAGCAAUUUGUUGCUGCACGAAACAACAGUUUGUAUGAUUAUGGAAUCGCUAAACAAAGCAUUUGGUGGUUUUCGCAAAGGUGAUCAAAAGCGCAAACACGUAGAAUUUGUCGCCGAAAAACUUUUACCAUUACUGAGUGGUCAAAACGGGGCAGCUGAACAGUAUGUUUUUGAAACUGUUUUCCUUGAUCUUCAUAAUACAUUGACUCUCCUGAAGUCUCUAGGUAUACCUUUUCACAUGUCAGAUGAAAUGGGUAGAACGCCAUUACAUGAAGCAUGUCAGAAAAAUCACAAGGAAUGUGUACAAAUUCUUUUGAAAGGAGGCGCAAAAUCGAACGUUGUAGAUUGGCGUGGCGCGACACCUUUGCAUUACGCCUGUGAAAAAGGCCAUGAUGCGAUCGUUAAAAUAUUAUUGCAGUCAGAUCAAAAAGUCAACCUGGCAGUACAGGAUGACAGCGGAAGAACACCACUGAUGACAGCCAUUUACAGAAAUCAGCACAAGGUAGUGAGAGUACUUCUUCAGAACUAUUCCACUAAAUGCAAUUUACAGGCUGUCGACAGCCUAGGCCAAAGUAUUCUUUACUAUCUGCCUUUCAUCGAAGAGGAUUUGGAAGACACAGUCAUACAAAGUUUUAAAAUAGAAAAGCCUAGGCAUCAGAAGCGAAAUAAAGGUAUUCAACAUGAGAAAAGAAACAUUUUAUGGAAUGGAUCCGUUACAUUUACUGAUUUCUGUAUGUUUGAACGCCCAUUCCGUGAACUCAAUAUAAAAGAAGAAGACCCAUUCCAAUACGACAACAAGCAUGAAAAGCCUUGGAAUGAAUUAUGGCCACUUCACAAAAAGAACCCAAAAUUGAUAGCUAGUCCAUCUAAACGAUACAAAAUGUGCAAAAAGUGCAAUAGAAUUAUUAAAAGUCUAGCCAAGCAUAUCUGUUCUGUUUACGAUUCUGAAAAUCAAGAUUCCUUCGUAACAGUGAAAGCGUUCGAGUUUCAUCAUCAUGUAGAUCCAGAUGUGAAUAUUCCACUACAAUGUGCUCUAAAAUUAGGAAGGUUGACAACAUUCAAAAAAUUAGCCCAGAAUUUUCCAAAUCUCUUGAAAGAUGUGGAUAGCCUUCGGAGAUCAAUUCUAUAUUUUGCACUUCAGCAAUGCUCAGUGAAGGUAAUCAAGCCAGUGGUAGACGUUGUGAAACCCAGAUCCGAUUUUCUGCAUCAUUUAAUGAUGUUUGCAAGAAACAGCAAAAUUUUAGCUACACAAAAGGUUGUAGAAUAUUUUAUGCUCUCGGGUUUGUCUACACAUGAUAUCCCAGAACCCACAGACAUUAUUCAUAACUUUUGUGGAUAUGAGAGAAACCAUCGUCCUUGUGACUUGAACUGUUACCUGAAAAGUCAUCCAGCAAUUGAAGCUGCAGUGAUAAUGCAAAAUUUUCCCAUUUUUAAUGCAGUUCUCGAAAAGACGAAGGACGAACAUCUUGGUAUUGCUUUACACCUAGCAGUCUAUUUUGGACAAUGUCGAUUCAUAGAAGCUAUUUUGAGGAAAAAGCAGAAACGUGAAACGAGCAAAGAAAUUCAAAAAAUAGAGGAAAUGUACAUUCUUGACAUAGCUUGUCGAUCUCCUAACAUCAGUGAUAAAGUCUUUGAGACUUUAUUGAAGUACCAACCUGAAAUCUUGGAAUCUCGGGAGAUUUUCACCUGUGACGAUUUGUCAGAAUUUAGACCUCAUGUUUGGGAAAACAUGAACCUUCUUCACAUGAAUGAAAAAACUACUCUAGCAAAACUUUUAUCUAGAGAACAUUCGGUAAGGAAUAUGCAUGCAAAAAGAACGAAGACGGACGACAGAUUAAAAAUGAUUGACAAAGCGGGCUGUCUUCUUAUUCGAUCUGGUGUGCAAUUGGGUAAAUUUGAAAUAUCAGAAGAAUCUGAAGAUAGCUGUAUUCAUGGCAUAUGUGAAGCCCUUUUACCAGCUCUAAAGUCUCGCCACUUUAACUCUGCUGCAAUGAUGAUCCAAAAAGAAGGUCAUAUUCUAUGGCAUUGCGCACUUUCAAAAAGUAAAUGUAACGUCCAAAAACAGUUUGCUUUAAGAUGGGAACCAAAAGCAAACGAUGAGAAGGAGUUUACUUCGGAUCAUCAUGUUAUGAUAGACUACAUCAAAUAUGUUCUAAUGUUUGCCUGCCAAAAACGAAUUCCGGAAAAUAUUUUACAAACUUUGAUACAAUCGGGGAUGGAGGUGGAGGGCAUGCAGACAACUGAUAUCCCUGAUAAAGAAUUUGCAUUAACGGAAAGAUUGUAUGUUCUUAAUGGCUGUAAGAGCCCGAUAGAAAAAAUAAUGAGGUGUGUGUUAGAAAUUGUUACUGGUGGGAUAUGUGAUGGGGAAAUAAACCAUCGAGAAUACAGACAAUACCCGUCCCGUCGUUUUCGAAGAAGACAAGAAGUAAAAACAUACCACCGAAGAUGCAGACAAGACCUGUGGAUAUAUGCAAAGAAUUACAAAUUUGAUAUCCUGCGUUUAUUGAAAUUUACACCGGGAGCUGUCACUUGCUUUGGCAAAUCGAACAUUAAACCCCUUGUUUACAUAAUGCUUUCAAAGGAAGAAUCAAGAUUGUUGCGUGAUUGCACAAUAAUGAUGAAUCUAUCAGGUCAAUCGAAUUGUGUCACUUUUCCAUCUGGCACUACACUUCUUCAUCUCGCAUGCUGCACAGGAAAUGUUGAAUUCGUCAAAAUGAUGUUGCAGGCGCCUUUUCCUGUCAAAAUCGACGAAAAGACCAAAGAUGACAUCCGGCCCUUGGACCUUGCUGUGAUUUAUGGAUCGUGGGACAUUUAUAAAUUCCUUGUAGGAAAUGGUGCUAACUUUACAUCGGAAACAUUCAUUGCAUGUUGUUCAGAUGACCGGUACAAAAACGUUAAGAGCUGGACGGAAAGAAUCCGCAACAUGCGUCCUUGCGAGAAACCCUCUGCCAAAACAAAGAAGCGUAUUUUGGCCGAUCUGUAUGAACGCAAGAAGAUUGACUGGAACUCCUUUGACAAAAAAAGUGGUGGUCCUCUUCACAAUGCUAUAGAUUGCCACCUCGAUGAUAUUGUGAUCUACCUCAUCGAUGCCAGCCCUUCCUUGUUGAUCACUGCACUCAAUUAUGAUCCGAACGUGGCUGCACAGAUGCAGAAGUGUAAAGAAGGAACUAUUGCUCAUGUGUUUAAUGCGAUGGCAAUUCAAGUGAGUAAACUGGAAAUAAAGGUUCUUGGGCAACUGAUAUUGCACACUACAAUCAGUCGACGAAAGAAUCUCAUGGAAACUCUAACAAAGACAUGCUACAGGGUCAUAAAUCAAGAGCGAUGGGAAAAAGUUGUUACUGAGGCAGACAAACAUGGCAGAAACGUUUUUCACUUCGUCGCAAUGUUUGGAUGGGAAAACAUUGCGCGGCAACUUAUUCAAGCCGUGCACAGGGAAUAUUUACCUGAUUUUCCUCUGAAUGAGGUGGAUUUGGCAGGUGCAUCUCCCCUAUGGUAUGCCUUAGCAUUCAAGCAAUGGAAAACUGCAGAAUUAUACCUCCUAAAUGGAGCUAGUCCUAUUUUACAACGCGCAAUACCGGGAUGUUUUACCAAAAAAUCCAAACCUGUAGAGAUGAUUGAUGUGUGUUUUCAUGAAUGUGAGCAUUCCAAUACUCAUACUUCCUUCAAAGGCAUCAAGAUGAGCACAAAAAGAAAGGUUAAAUUGUCGAGAGACCAAGAUGUCAGUGUCACCAACUGUCUACAAGGAAACGAUAUCUCAUCUAAAGAAAAAUAUCAAAUCAAAACAUCGGCAGUGGAAGUGUCAAACACGAAGGUGACAUUUCGUCCAAAGUAUUCCCCGUCCAUAUUGCGACACAAAGAUCAAAAGAGAGUUGAAUAUCUCCUCAAAAAGGCUUAUUUGUCUAAGCAGUUGGGAUACUCUUUGAUGCACUUUGCUUCAAGAACCGGAGAUAUAAAACUUUUUGAAGCUAUCAUAAGCAUAUCAGAAGAAAAAUUGAAGUUCGGAGGUCAUUAUGUAGAGGCUGGCUACAUGUUCGGAAUUUUGGGCGGUCACGCCCAAAUUUCUGAUACCUAUCGAGAAAAUGAUAUUCAUCUCUCCAAAGGAGAAACUUUUCAUUCCAUUGUUUGGCAGACCCUGAGAACCGAAGAUAUUCAAAAGAAUGUACAUCACUUCCUCUCGAGCAUGUUAAGCUUUGUUUUUAACAACACAGUAAAAUCUGAUAAUAGAUCAGUCCCUCGGAAAAAGGUUGUUCCGAUAUUCCAUGGAUUCAGUUACAAGUUGAAUGAACAUAAAUUUGAGGAGCAUUUGGCAAAUCUACAUGAAUCUUUAACCGAACAAGGAGUGGAACAAACGUUGAUCGAUCAAAUGGAAUCAACAUUGCAGUAUAUUUACCACAGAUUAUACAACAAAUUGAUGGAAAGACAAAGUUUUGCAACGCUUGAGAAUAACCCACAGAGAUCGGAUGUCAAAUUAAACGAGAAAAAUCUGACAAACUUUCUUAAAUCAGUUGAUGCAAACACUAAAAUAGAUGAGAAGGAUAUAUUACUGCUUUUAUCCAUGAAUCAACCAUGGGUAAUUUCGUCUUUGAUUAGUGCAUCCAAGAUCAACAAGACUGUGUUCCACCUUAUGAAAAGACAAUUACUUUGGGGCCUGAAUGUUUUGGAUUGCAUUGUCAUCUCGUUACCCAAGGAUUACGGAAGAAGCGACAGAGUUCUGCUUUUUCAGCAAGAUAUAAGUGAUGAUAUUGGUGCGCUGGUCAAUCAAUUUGAUAUGGGACUACAAGAAACAACAGUUCUUUAUGCCAGUGAUAAAAAUCUUUGGACUGUGUUAAAACUUGUAGCAACUCAGCAAAUUCCGAAAGAAAGAGAGUUGAAAGUUUGUUGGCAGAUGUCUCUCGCACAUGCAGUGAGAAGUGGUCAGCUAGACUUUGUAAAGUCUAUUGUUGACAACAUAUCAAUAUCAAAACUUCCAGAAGCAGUUCAAGCAAGUUUUGCAGCACUUCUUUGCAAUGGUGCCUUCUAUGGUCAAACUGGUAUUGUUAAGUACCUCUUUCGGAAAAGUGUCCCCAUCAAAUUUGACACAGAGAGUCCUAUGUUUGUUGACCUUAUGGAUAAAAUUCACGUGAAAAGAUUUGACGUGAUAGAGUACGCCAUCCGAAGCAAACGACCUGAAACGGUAGAUGCUGUCAUCAAAUUUUGCAAAUAUGAUCGUGAAUUCAUGAAAAAUGCAAAACCUGAAUCCUACUUUGAGUUAGCUGCUGCAAAUGGGAAUUGGCAAAUCAUGAAAUAUUUCAUAGAUCUCUUUACGAACACUGGGCAACCUUCAAAGCAGGUUUGGGAAAGGUUUUUCAUAGAAGCAGCGCGUAGAGGUCAAGAAGAUUUCUGUGGACAAGUACUGGGAGUCAUCAGUAACGUGGACGUUUUUUGCGUGGACAAAACAAAUAAACAUAUUCUACAUUACUGCGGAAUAUACAACAUGAAAAACGUUGCUCAUCAAGUUUUGGAAAAGAGAUCCCAUGGUCUUGAUUUAAGCGACUCCGACGGCAUGAGACCAAUAGACUACGCCGUGGUCUUUGGAAACAUCGAAGUCGUUAACCUUUUUAUGAAAACAAAACUGAUGCAUUCAAAAGAAAGCAUUGAUAGUGUGGAAACAUAUGGAUGGUUUCGAUUUCUUUUCGACCAGAUAAAUACAGAUGACGUGGAGAGAUCUGAGGUUAUCUUAAGACCUGUUCUUCCUAAAUCGCGUACAUUAGAUUUACUCACUCUAUAUAGAAAAGGUGAUGACAAUGCCGCAGCAGCCCUUGUAUCUUGUUCCAAACACAUACCGAAAAUGCUUCUGGAGAACCCAGCUAACAACGGCAUUUUUCUCCACGAUGCAAUCAGAUAUGGUUGUAUCAAAACAUUCCAUAAUAUAAUGGGAUACUUUGCUGGGGAGGAGGAAAAUCUCCGUCAAGUACUUAAAAUUCAGUUUAAAGGUUUGUCUCCCUUGGCUGUAGCUGUCGGCUCUUCUCAAUAUGCUAUAGCUGAAUAUGUGUUUAUGUACGAUGAUGGACUAAGCUGGAAAUCGAAGAAAUCAGCUGAAAAUAUCCUCCAUCUUGCUAUCCACACAGGAGAUCCAAAUAUGAUUGAACUGGUUGCGUCAAAGACACUAGGAAGACUUUGUGAUGAAAAAGACAUAUGUGGUUAUACUCCAGUUAUGUAUCUGUGUGCUCUUGGCCUUCAAGAUUAUUAUGUCCUCCUCAAGACGGAGACCCUGCUCGAUCCAUUAAUAGACUCGCAUAUGGGACACAAAGACGAUGACCCCGAUAUGACUUGCCUCAAUUGUUUGCUAAACAGAUGCAUUGGUUGGUCAAAAAUCUACUCUAGAGCUCCUCUAGGAAAGGAAACGCAGCCGAUGAGGUCAGUUAAGAACGCUUUUCCUCCUCUUCUGUUGAAGGAAUACUUCUGGAAGUUGGGAAAAUACAGGACAGAUAGUCCAUUGAUUACUUCUAUCAUGAUAGCAUGUGGAUAUACUGCAACAUACAGUUCUUUGGUAAACAUUAUGUCCAGAGGGGAAGGAAUACAAAAAAUGAUUUCAGUGGAAGGAGUGGAAAAAACUUUGGAUGAAUUUCAAAGUAAAUAUAUUCUUGAGAAUAUAUUGGAAAUUUCGAUAGUCGCCAAAAACGAGGCAGUUUUUGUUGAAUUGUUAGACCAUGCCAGUGGGUUGAAUGAUCGAUUGAAGAGAACUCAUGGUAUCUCUAUUUUUGAGGUUGUCAUUGGUCUUUCCAGAUUGAAUCUUCUUGUACAUUUAAAGGAAAAAUUGAACUUUCAGGAUGACGAUUUUUCUACUUUUAAGGAAAUCUAUUCUACUUUACCUCAAAAACAAAGAUGGAUUUCGGAACUUGACCACAUCGGAGGGAAGUGUUGGCCGCACUUUGAAUCGUCACCAGACAGGCACGAACCAAGAAUACUGAAGCCUGAUUUAUGGUUAAUCGAGUCAAUGACAUUGCCAGAAUCUAUUAGGCAGAAUAUAGAGGCAAAGAGCGAGAAAGAGAGUAUCAUUCCAUCAGACUACUCCGAACUGAAAUACACAACAGAUUUGGACAGUUUCCGAAAACUUCCUCAUUUCAUGGACUUUACCGAUAUUUGGAUUCAAUGUUUUUUAACAUCCAGCUUGGUUCUUAGUCACAUCCAAGAUAUCAAGAACUGCCAGGACUCAAAAUUUAUUUCUGCUAAGUCAAUUAAAGUUGCAUGUCUCGCGCAUGGAACAACUGAUCAUCCAAAAGUCACAAUUGACAGCAAUGGAGCCCUUUUAAAUCAGAUCCGCGUAUUUGUUGACAAAGGGGUCUCCUCCGUCAGACAUGAUAGAAGUUUUUGUCAACGUCCAGAGGAAAUUCGGCUUAAAGCUGAUGUGGAUGAGAAUGUUAUUCCAUUCUUCGAAAAUUUCAUCCAAAAAGAAUUUGGGCUUAAUUUAAAGAUCAAGAUUGACUGGAAUGCAAUUGAACUGCGAAAAAGAACAUACAAUACAGAAGUGAUAAUGAAAUCUUUAAACGGUGAAAUUUACGGAAACAAGCUAGGGGGAUUGGAUGAUGUUCUCAAAGAAUGCAAAGAUAUGAAAGACGAUAUCGAAUCGAUGUUUGAUAAGGAAACUGCGGAGUAUGCGCUUCGCGAUGUAAUGAACCUUACAGGAAUCACAGUCUCAUUUGAUGACAAAGUGACAUCGCAGCAGGCUUCAUACAGCAGUGGACACCGGCAUAUUCUCAGUGAAGUAGUCUGGAAAUUUACUAUCACUCAAUCUCGCCUUUACUAUGACAGAUCAGAAUUUCCGUUGUGGCAGUACCUCACCAUUUAUCGCUCCAUCUGUGCAUCAACGUGUCAUUCAGUGUAUUGUAUCUCCAAUAUCAAUGCUUCUUUGGAGAACAAUCACAAUGACAGGAAAAAUCGCCCUCUACAAUCUAUUUCUUUUGAAGUCGAUUUGCAAUCCUUUGGAAUAACAGAUUUGUCCAUUUUAAGAACAUUGAUGUGUAGGGACGCCGGAAGAGAGUUUGUAGCUAUAGCUUAUGAUUGCAGUGCUAUGUUAUGGCUGAAAAACAUUUCAAAAAAGGUGCUUCUGAAAAGCACUAUAUCAUUGCAACACACGGGAGUGACUUUCCAAGAUGAUACAACGAUAAUCCACAUCUGCUGCAAUGAGACAAAUAGUAAAGAAUGGAUUGUGGAGAGAAGCAACUCGUUUUCCAGAUUAGCCGAUGCAGAGGAUAGGCAACUCAUAAUGGAAUGGCCUGCGAGUUACAGCCAAGAGUUGAAUCAAAAGGCAAUCGAGGUUCAAAAUGAAGUCCAGGACAAAGUUGGAAUAGCCAUAACUUUUCAAGCGGAUGAAAAGCGUUUAAUGUUAGCAUGUUUUUCGAAAUUUAGGCGUGAAAUGCGUCAUCCUCAUGAUGUAUUCAAACUCUCUAUGACAACUUCCUAUCAAGAGUACGGAAAUGUAUAUAUCCAAAUCGUAGAAGACCUUCUUCUUUUGCAAAAAUAUCCAGCCAUAAAGCAAAAUCAUGUAGAAAAAGGUGCUUGUGGAGUUUGGAUUAGGAUGAGCCAGCGUAAAUCCAAUUCAGAAUUGCUUGUAUUAACCAAGCAACUUGCAAAGAAAAACUUGUUAUCCAGUUUUGAAUCUCCAAAGUACAACAUAUUACCAAUCAUCACAAAAGAAAAUUUUGAAAUUGUAUCUGAAUCAGAUGCCAAGACGCAGUUUGAGAAGUGGAAACAUGAAACUAUCACAGAACAUAAUCAAUCUGAUCUCAGCACCGAAGCCGUUUCAAUUCAAGGACACGUUUUCACAUUUUCUGAUGCCAACUUUUUCAAGAAGAGCAUUGCAAACUUACCACUGCGUGCCGUAAUAUCACAAGAUACUGCUCAUGCUCUAGAGAGGGGAUACUGCCAUAUUCUUCACACAAAAGUGGUAGAUAACUUAAGAAAUUAUGACUAUCCCAUGGGUGAAACUUUUGAGUUACACUACCAGGCAAAAGAGCGUAUCAGGAAGCUGUUGAAUAUUAGAAAUGUAGAGAUUGAAUGGGCGAGCUUUGUCUUUAAAAAUAGCCUAGUGCAUAAACAAAAUUUUGCUGUUUGUCUCAAUACAGUGGUCGAUUCAUUCCUAGAGAUUUUUCCGACCGCACCAGAAUGCAUAAUUACACAGAGAGUGGUCUUGGAAAUGCAUUCACUAUUUUCCGGUGUAUCAGGUUUACGGAUUGCAAUGCAAGAAAAACUCCACUCAGAUGAUGAUAAUGAAGGCAUCGAAAGAAUAAUAAGCCCCGACAAGAAUCGUAGUCCAGCAAUACGAAUUUUGAAGGGCAAUAUUCUUGAAAUCAUUUUCAAGCGAAGUGAGAAAGUAACAACAUUUGCAGACCUUCUGUGUGAUGCAAGUAUUCAACUUGCUGAAAUCAAAAUCAAAUCACUCUUGGGGUGCAGAGACAGAAAAGAAAACUCUAACAACAGUCCAGAGAAGGUACGAAAACAGACGUCAAAGUCCAUCAUUCUUCCUAGUUUUACCGACGUUAUGCUUUGUCUAGGUGACAUAAAAUUGGCAUUAUCCGCAGUCAUUUCCAGCAUUAAAAGUUUUGUGACGAUUGUCCCAGAUGAGAUCGACGAGGUUUAUUUUGUCAGCUCCAAAAGAAAGACGGGAUUCGUGCUAAGAAGCAGAACUUUGCUAUACAACGUCUCAAAGAAGACUGUAACCCCUACAGACCUCACUAUUCAGCUCCAGGAGGAGUUCGGAUUUCAAGGUUUAAAGACUCCAAUGGUCGUUCCAGACCUGAGUGUUAAUGAUCCACCGAUAUUUAACAAAGGGAGCAGCACACUAGAGGUUACCAUGACAAUUAAUGAUUAUAACAAAGAGACAGAUGAUGCCUCAGGUCAUCUCAACUUAACAAAUUCAGAUGAUUAUAAAGUCACAUUACAAGGAUGUUCCGAGGCUCUAGAAGUGUCCGCUGUGGAUCAGAGAGGCGAGCAUUUGGUUUUAACGUUACCUGUGGCUGGUGAUAAAAGCAAAAUCUACAACACACAAUGUGUUUUGGUUCACCACAAAUAUGCAAGACCCGAAAAUUGCAAAACUUUUAUAUUUGAUUCUCGUUCAACCGCAAUUUUACGACAUCAAUAUCCACAGGACACUAUUAAUGAGAUAACUGUGAAGAAAAAUGAAUCUCUUGAAUUUCUUAUUGAACACAAAACAAAAAUCAUUAUGAGUAAGGAUCCACAUGAAAUUAAUGGAAAUGAGGGAAAACACGAAACUGUUUUUCAAAACCGGAAAAUCAGGUUCAAUUUUUACUACCAAAAGAAGCGCUUUCCAAGUUCAGAGCCAACAUUGCCAUUUACAUUGCAAAGCACAAGUCCUGGUAGGAGGGGGUGGUUUAAUUCGCCAGUACCGUAUUCUGUGUACUCUCUGCUGAUAAACGACUCAAAGCGCCACUUCACAAUGAGUGCACAAUGCCUGUGUUGCAACCAGAAUUUAAACAUAAUCACUCGCUACGGGAAGAUGGACGCUAACCCAAGUGAAAAUUUAAGAGAAAUUUUAGCUGUCAUAGUUUCGCAAAGCAGUGUUGCCAAAUCCAAGAAAUUAGCCUACUUGAAUGCUUUAGUAAAGCUUGUGCUGAAAUAUGGAAAUGACAAAUACACUGGCUUUUCAAAGAGAGACAUACUGUGUUGUCUGAGGCUGUGUUUAUUCCACGAGGCUAAAGAAGUACGUGCAGCAGUGUUACGAGUUCUGCGAUACCUCCUACAGGAUCCUGAGACGCUGGAUUUACUGUACAGUCUCCAUAUUGAUUACUUAAUAGUCAGGUCAAUAGAUAUAUGUUUGGACAAUGAAGUAGAGAGAAUUCAUGCAAUAAAACUAGUUAGAAAAAUUCUACAGAUUGCUCCAAAAAGAUUAUCCGACCUUCUGUUUUAUCCGUUGGUUGCCAUUAGUAACGAUGGUACAGCAGAGAGAGACAGAAUGGUCAGGAUCGCAUUGGAAACAAUUUGUGAAACAGCGUUUCUGAACCCUGAGUUGCUGGCGAGAUGUGGAGGAAUUGGUGCUAUUUUACGAGCUGCCCUCGACUGUCACCAGUACCCCAGAAUCAAUGAAUCACUGGUGUCCACCAUUUUACAUCUCUUAAACCACCCACGAACGAGACAUUUCAUUAAGUUCAACACAGACUUGGAGCAACUGUUAGCCCCCUUUACAGACUGCCAUUACAGAUAUAGUGCGGAGUCUUCUGAUCAAUCCUCGGGGGAGGAGAAGGAACAUCGUUUUGCCGCCAGUAAGAUGGCUAUUGUCUCCAUCAUGAGAACCUGGUCAGGAAUUAUCCGGUUCUGUCGGCCUGAUGGGAGUGGGUUACAAUCACUAGUGGGCAUUCUCUAUCUACCCUACAAAGAAAUCCGGCGUGGAAUUCUGGAGAUUUUAUUUGAUCUGUUUCGUUUGAAAAUUCCUGAGUUAACAGAAGAUUUCAACACUGCCUUACUAAGCGUGGAUCCCAGUGAAAUGCAGGAGAACUGGAAGAUUACAGAUGGAUUUGUAGCGGAAGAAGGAAAGUGUAUACUACCCCACAUGGCUAAAAUUAGACCAAACUUAAUAGAAAAUCAUUUAGCAUUACUUCUGUCUGCUUGGAUAGGAGCAGGAAUACUAGAGGCAUUAGUAGAAGUUUUAAUUAGCAGUGAUCGUCAACUCUUCGUUCAGGCCACGAUACUUCUGGGUGACCUUCUACAUUUGGCUAACACCAUGCUACCCCCGGAAUGUACCCACCAUAACCACUGUCUGCCAUCUCUCCUGGCCCUGGCUUCAUCACCUGAUCUCACUUCAGCUCAGACAUAUCAAGCUAGAGAAGCUAUUUAUUACUUGGAACGUCUUCAUUCCAUGAAGAAGCGGGGUCCCAUUCCCUGCAGUCUGUACCUGGACCAGCUGAUUCAAAGAAACGGGGGGAGACCAGUCGGACAGACCAAAUUCUAUCUGCGGAAGAAGUACGACUUGUAUAUCAAUAAAUCACCAACUGAGGACAUGAUAGGACAGGCCAUUAGAGAUUCCCAGGUUGUCAGCACUAAAGAUAUUACAGACUGGGACUGGGACCUCAUACCUGCCAUUCUAAAGUGGCCUGAAGAGAAGUUAAGAAGACUAGAUGACCAGUUUACAUUAAAAUUCUUUAAGAGACUUGUUCACUUUUAUAAACCAACCAAUCACCGAUUUUCCCGGCUUGAGAUUGACCACAAACUGGUACAGAAGAUUGCACACUCAGGCUGCCUGCUCGUGGACUUUCUAUUAUCCACUGAACAGGAUGAAGUUCAGAAAUUGGCACUAGACAUGAUCAACGACAUAGGAGGAUGCAUUUCUGAGAUCGCCCAGCAACGCCUAGUACCGGAGUCAGUCCUCAGUCCAGGAAAUGUCAUCAACACAUGUAGCCAGUUCUACUUUCUGUUUGUUGGAAGAUUUUCAGGGACAGUCAUUGGGGACAAGUAUCUGGAGAAGACUGGCAUUUAUCAGUAUUUAUUGGAUAUAGUUUCCAUAGCACCCCAGGACAGCUUCGUAAAGUUGACUGUGUCCAGUUUAAACUACAGUAAAGAUGGCAAUACGCGACCAGUACUGGCCAAAGCCUUGUGUUCAGCUACUGAGUCUGCUCGACUUUACUGUACCAAGUUUCUGCGUACGUUGCUGAGAGCACGAGUGGCAGGGUUCAGUACGUGGGGGAUGGAGUUGCUGGUGAACCAGUUGUACGAUCAGAGCAACCAGGUGGCUCAAGCUGCUCUGCAUGUCCUGGAGGAGGCAUGUGAUGUACAGCCCUGUCUGAAUUCUGUCAUCAAGUUGAGACCACAGUGUCUCCACCUGGGGGAGAGAGGGGUCCUUCUACUCUGUCGCUUUAUGUCAACAAGUAAAGGAUUUAAAAUGCUCAGCGAUGCCAACUUCAUUCACAACGAAGUCCAAAAGUGGGAAAAGACCUACAAUAUGCGAUACGUUCACAUUGUGGAGGAACUGUUGAAUGAAGCUUUAACAACGUACGAGAAAACCUACGAGGGCUCCUUCACCCGCAGAUCUAACAGGAAGAGUGCCAACAAAGAUGCAUAUGUAUCAGUUCAUUUGUAUGGGCAGUUAACUCAACACAAGGAAGGAUUCAGCCUGCUACAACAACAGGAGUGUAUCAGAGAAUUUUUCCAAUGUAUCAAAUGUCUGGAGCUGCACUCUGAUGAAGAUGUUCUGAAGAUGAAGACAGCACUAUGGGCCGUGGGACAUAUUGGGACGUCGACCUGGGGUGUAAACUGGUUGGAGGAGGAGAGACUGCUGCCAGAAAUCAUAAAGCUAGCGGAGGAAUGUGGUGUCUUCUCUCUACGAGGAACUGCCUUCUAUGUCCUCGGACUUCUGACCAGCACACGGGAGGGAGCGGAAGCGGUCACACAGCUAGGCUGGGAGUCCUGCUGGCACACACGAGAGGAUCGCUGGCCAGUGGUGGAAGACCGCUCCGAGCUCCUGACUGAACUGCAGGACAGCGAGAGUGGACGCUCGGACCUAGAGUUCCGCGGCGCCAGCUCACCCAGUGUCAUGUCCUCCAGCCUCUUCUUUAUUGAGGAGGAAAAGACUGUCACAGAACAAGGUUGUGAAUCUGGACUCAUACACAGCUGUGAUCAAAACUCAAACAUUGAGGCUUCUGUGUUCAUUCCGAAGAGGAGUAAGACAUUACCAAAUGAAAUUAAUUUUCAUAAGCGAUAUAAGUCAUUACCAAAUAGGACUAUUAAUAUUAGGAGUUACUCACUAGGGCAUCAGGACAGAGACAGAAUCAUUCGUGAUGACCACAGGUUGGGAACAAGGCGUUUGAAUUCACCUGUCCGACAGAUUGACAAUAUAUUGCCAGAAAAUUUACAGUCUUCUAAAGUAGAAGACAAAAUUCAAAGUCCAAAAUCUAUUCCUGUGAUAUGUUUAUCUGACCUGGAUUCGGGAACAUCCGAGGGAUCCGGUACUGACAAUGUAGAGGGUAAGACUGAUAUCUGUGAUAGUGUAAGUGCAAUGGAUGACGAUGGUGAAGGGAUUUCCUUCCGAGUAAAAGACGAUGAUAAAUCAGACAGCUCAGAAACAAAGACUCUGACAAAUCAGUCAUUAAAGAAAUCGCCAAACCUGCGGGACGGGAGGUGCAGCAGCAGUGAUAGCUCGCGGACCAGUAACAAAAGUCGUGCCGAUAGUUUUAACACGGACUCUACGACCAGUGGCGUCAGUUCAUGUGAGUCCGGGCCACAUACAUGUCUUUCACCUGAUUUUAUGUCCCUUAGUCCGAUAGCUAGCACUAGCUCUAUAGACACAUUAGGGGUCAAUCAGCAGGGGGGUUCAGAUGUUAAAGACCUGAUACACCCAUCGUCUUUCCGAAGAAAAUCUUUAAAUCUCAAACGAGUACCAAGUCUUAGAAAUAAACAGGCAAGUCCAGCGUACGGCAUUCUGCCGUCAGCUCAGCUGUUAGAGGGUAUGUCGACAGAGUCAGCUAUCAUGUACACUACAUCACGUGACGCGAUAGGGUACGCCACGUGGCGCUCCAUCAAGCGACAGCGCAGAAUCAGUUCAGAUGUAGAGUCUGACAUGGGGCUAAAUUCUCUGUAUGGAGAAGAAGACGGAAAUGAGAUGACGAGAAAAAACAGUAUGGAGUCCAAACUGAGUAUCGAAACAUUUACUUUUCGAGCAAGUUCUGGAAUUCCUCGUAACGCCAGCAGCGUGUCUCUGUCUGACCAGGAGAGAGCUGUUCCUCCCCAUGGAGUGUCUCCCAAAGCCAUUCUCCUACAGAGAAGACCACAUACGGGGGAGGCGGAAUUCCUGGGCUUGACCCUGCCUGUCGACAUCAACAUGAUGUUCCAGGUUCAUGCAGGGGAAGACAAGCGAUCCGAGUCAUCUCCAGCGGAGAAAGAGGACGUGUCUCACGAACAGAAGAAGACACCCAGAUCUCGGAAGUCAUCGCGGAAUGUUUUAGUGCAGGAAAACUUUGAACACGACCCUACAAUAUGUCUGCUUUGUUCUCAGCUGAAACGCCAGGACCUCAGCCAAUCAGAGAUCGAGGAAGCUCUACAAGAGGAGGGUGACCUUUUGUCUAUGACAAUGGAUAAGGAUCCUGGGAGUCUGAAUGCUGCCAUUAAACAACAGAAAGGUCCACGCCUCCGCUACAGCAGCGUGAACGAGCCGUCGUCUGCAACUCCAGGAAGUGUCACCAGCUGUACCAGCUCAGACUCAUUGACCAUGAAGAUGUCUUACGACAAUGUACACGGGAAGGGUCUAAUCAGAAAGGAACUCCGGAAGCUGGUCAUUAAUCUCAGCAGCUCUGUAGGGAUCAAGGGCUCAGAGCAGGGGCUACUCAUGUUGAAGCAGAAGUUUCCUGCAGUGUUUAAGGAUAUUUGUUUUUACUCGGAGGUCUGCCAUCUGUUGUCUUCAUGUUCGUUCAGAUUAAACGCCAGGAGAUUUGUACAGGAACUCUUUGAGGAUUUCAGAAUGAAAAAGCUGAUAUUGGAGCCUUACUCUCUAACCAGCAUGGUGGAAGGAUCUGAGAAAAGUGAUAUUGCCAUCAGUAAACAGGAAAACUUGGACAGCUUAUAUGAGUACAACCAGUUUUAACAAAACAUGUGGGGAGGAUCCCCAACUGUGAUCCAAAAUCCAGAGUUGUCUGAACAGCGAAUUUGACAAGCGGUUUCCAGAGAUCUACCCUAGUUAUUUCUUGUAACUCAUUGCCUGGAGAAGUUUUGAUCAGGGCCUUGAAGGCUGUUGAUACUUAAUGUUGUCCAUAAGGGGUGCAGGAAAAGUGUUGUAACUGAAGCUUAGAACUUCAAGAGAAUUUCAAUUCCAAACCCUCAAUUCCUUAUGCAUAUAGAAUAAAGUAGUAUGCAUGUGGACUAUUAUUGCACACUGUUCCACGGUAAUUUCAAAUUGCAGAGGAAAAAUGUUUUCAUCUUUGUUCUUGUGAAUCAGUGUUAUGUUGUUUAUGUAUGGGCAUUGUCUGCCCUCCAAAAUAGUGAUGACUUUGAGUAAUAACUUUGAGCAAUGACCUUGCUGUUUCUAUCUGUGCCGAUUUCUUCGCACUGGAAUCCUACAUAACCUAUGUUGUCAUGAUGAUUUUAUUCCCUGUGAUGUUCAGUACUGUUGUACAUGAAUUGUUCACUUUUAUUUUGAUCUCUUUGUUACUAUAGUGAUAACAUCAGACUCAAUGUCUAGUUUUUAUUACAAUGUUACUUUCCAAAUGUUUGCACGAAAAGAGAAAUGGAUAUAUUUGUUUGUGCGAAUGUCAGUGGAGAUUUAGUGUAUAAAUGUGUCGGAAGUGUAAGUGUAAAAGACAAGUGUUAAACUGUCAUUAUCGUGAAUCUAUCACAAAAUUUUAAAACUGGUCGGCCAUCACCUCUGCAACACCAAUAUUAAUCAGGCUUACGAUUUUCGUCCUAUACAAUGUGUUAUUAUAUUUGUGUCCUACUUCUACAUUACAGAAUUUCUGUGCCGAUGUAAAUUCAUUCAUCUUUUCACUAUGCAAGCCAGAAAGUCCACGAAACCCAGAAAAGCUAUUCAGCCUUAGAUUUGUCAUUUUGCUAUUUGUAAAAAAGAUUUCCCCUACCAUAUAUUUCAACAAUAAUUAAUAAUCAGGAAACUGAUUAACAUCUGUAAUUUUUACCAUUGUCAGAAGGAGAUAAUGGCAUUGUUUAAAAUAUGUGUAUUAUUUUAACACCAACUGUAUUCAUAUUACUGAUGAUUACAUAUUGUAAUCACCAAACAUUCGUUAUUGAUGGAAUUAUAAAAAUAAACCAAUUUACCAAA